AUGAAGUACUUGGCCGCUUACUUGUUGUUGUUGCAAGGUGGUAACGAAUCCCCAUCCGCCGCUGACAUUAAGCAAUUGGUUGAAUCUGUGGGUAUUGAGGCUGAACAAGCUAAGAUCUCUACUCUGUUGUCUUCUUUGGAAGGUAAGAGCGUCGAUCAAUUGAUUGCUGAAGGCCAGACCAAGUUGGCAUCUGUUCCAGCUGGUGGUGCUGCUCCAGCUGGUGGUGCCGCUGCUGGUGGUGCCGCUGCCGCUGCCGAGGAGGAAGAGGCUGUUGAAGAGUCCAAGGAGGAAUCCGACGAUGACAUGGGAUUCGGUUUGUUCGAUUAA